AUGACUCAUCAGGUCUCGGCAGCAAGGAGUACCUUCCUCCGGGGAAGGGGGUUCAGCUCUGCCUCUGCUAUCGGUGGACUAGGUGGACACAGAACCUAUGUCGCCUCUGUAUGCCAUCCAGUUGGCAGUGGAGGUGGCCUCCAUGGCUUCAGCAGUCAGAGCCUCUCGAAUUUGGGUAGAAGAGGAAGAGUUGCGUGUGGUGGUUAUGGACUUGGAUAUUAUGGUGGCUAUGACUAUGGUUCUACAAGUCAUGGUAGCUCAGUCUUGGGUGGCCCAGUGGGUCAUUAUAGUCCUAGAGUUUAUGACUCAGUUGGAAGUUGUGGGAUGUUUGCUGGACACUCGAAUGGCAGGGGUGAUGGCAUCCAAGGAGUCAGAAUCAAUGAGAAGCUUCUGAAGCCAUUGGAUGUGGGAGUUGACCCUCAAGAACAUAUUAUACGAAGUCAUGAAAGGGAAGAGAUGAAAAGCCUCAACAACCAGUUUGCCUCCUUCAUCGAUAAGGUUCAAAAUCUAGAGCUACAGAACAAAGUCCUUGAGACCAAAUGGAAACUUUUACAAGAACAGGUCAUUCCAGCUAGGAAAAGCCUUGAACCAUAUUAUGAGAACUUCAUCAGCAACAUGAGAAAGCAACUGGAGUGUUUAUUAUGUAACCAAGAGCAUCUAACAAACGAAAAUGCUGCCAUUGAACAUCUGGUGGAAGAAUUCAAGUGCAAAUAUGAGCAGGAAUUCAAAAAGCGUACGGAAGCAGAAAAUGAAUUUGUGCUGCUCAAGAAGGAUGUAGACUCCAUUUCUCUGAGCAAGUCAGAACUGGAAGGGAAAGUACAUUUGCUGAGAGGAGAGUUGCAAUUUCGCAAAUGUGUCUAUGAAGAGGAAUUAGCACAGCUCAGAAGCAGUGUUUAUGACACUAACAUCUUCUUGCAAAUGGACAACAGCCGAGGCUUGGACAUUGACUCCAUCAUCAAAAAUGUUGAAGCAUGGUAUCAAAGUGUUGCCAUGGGGAGCAAAGCAGAAGUUAACGCUCUUUAUGAAAACCGAUUCCAAGAGCUCCAGCAGCAAAGAGGGAAAUAUUCUCAAACUCUGAAGAUCAACCAGCAAGAGAUUACAGAUCUGACUCGUCUGAUCCAUAAGUUGCAGUCUGAAUAUGAUGUUAUUAAAAAACAGGUUAAUGCUUUCCAAACAUCCAUUUAUGAGGUGGAGCAGCGCGGAGACUGUGCUCUUAAAGAUGCCCGGGAUAAGCAUAUCGAUCUACAGACUGCUGUACAGAAGGCCAAGGAUGACUUAGCAAGGCUGCUAAGGGAUUACCACGAGCUUCUGAACACCAAGCUCGCUCUUGACAUUGAAAUUGCUACCUAUAAGACAUUGCUGGAGGGAGAGGAGAGCAGGAUACACUUAGGAAAUCCUGUCUGUAUAGAUGUGAUCAAACCUUCUGGGAUAGAGAGUACAGCUGGAUUCUCAGUUUCAAGUGGAUAUGGUCCUGUUGGUGGAGGAUAUGGUGGAGGAUAUGGAAUGGGAAGCCAGGGGAGAUGCAAUAGGAACUACAGCUCCAGAAGUGUUGGAUUUGACUCAAGGUCUAUGGGCAGCAGCACAGCUACAGGGAAUGCCUCUGCUGAUGCAGAGUUCUACCCAGGAAGGAGGCACAGCUGUAGGAAUGAGUCCUGUUCUGGCCGUAGCCAAAGUACCUAUACAGGCACAGGGAGAUCCUCAGCAGGAGAAGGGGUUGGUAGAGGAACAGCUGCAGGAGUGUGCUACCUGCAGCUGUAA